GACAGAGAAUCUUUAAUAGAAUUCUAAACAUAUUGGCACUUUCAAUACCAUUCUUCCAUUUUCUUCUCAAACCAUCAAUGGCACUUGAUGCAGUCUUGUUUUAAGUUUUAAACCUCUCCCUCCCUCUUUGAAGAUCUUCUGCAAAUUGUAUAAUCAGAAAAUGAUGGAUUUCCCCUCUUGUUUUGGCGAAAAUGGAGUGCUAGUAGCAGAUUCUUCAAGUUCAACUGUAAGUAAAGCCUCGCAAAAUGCAGUUACUUGCAUAUACAAGUCAAUUUUCCUAGGAAAAUCUUACUUGAUCACCAUUACAUGGAACAAGAACGUGAUGGGUCAUUCCCUUAAUGUUGAAAUUGCUGAUUUAUCCGGUCAAUCUCUCUGCAAAGCCGAUGUAAGGCCAUCUUUCUUCUCUAAAAGAAAAGGGUCAAAGUCUUUAGAGUUUAAUCGCAUCAAAAUCGACUUAUAUUGGGACCUUUCUUCUGCAAAAUUCGAAUCAAGUCCUGAGCCUCUAGAAGGGUUUUACAUAGCUCUUGUUUGUAAACAAGAGAUGAUUUUACUAAUAGGUAAUAUGGGAAAGGAAGCAUUGAAGAUGACAAAUGCAGUCCACUCUCUUGAUGGUUCUUCGAUGAUGUGCAUUGCCAAAAGAGAGAAUGUAUAUGGGACAAGGGUUUUCAGUACCAGGACUCAAUUUGGUGAUAAUGGGCCGAUUCAUAAUCUGAUAAUAGAGUGUGAUGUCACGAUUGGAGCUAGAGAACCAUGGAUGCUAAUCCGAGUGGACAAGAAGAUAGUGAUGAAGGUGAAGAGACUUCAAUGGAAGUUUAGAGGGAAUCAGACGUUUUGGGUUGAUGGGUUUCCGGUGGAGGUGUUUUGGGAUGUCUAUAAUUGGCUGUUUGGAACGGGAAAUGGAGUUUUCAUGUUUCAAACGAGGUUUUCAAAACUUGACGGUUUACCGAAUUUGGAGAGGUUUGAGGAUUGCAAGUUGUUGGCAGGUUCUGGUUUCUCUUUGAUUUUGUAUGCUUGGAAGAAUAAGUAAGAUAAAUAUUGGAUCUUACUCGUUAAAU